AUGCCGCGCAGCAGCAAAUCCAUUGGGCCUUCUCCUUUGGCUCCCUUGGCACUCCCAGUAGCAGCAGCUGCAGCAGCAACUGGAGCAGCAGCGACAGCAGCAGCAGCAGCAGCAGGUCCAUCACGAGACACAGCAGCAGAUGCAGCACCAGCUACAUCUACAGCAGCAGCAGCAGAUGGUGUAGCAGGUGUAGCAGCAGGAGUAUCUGCUUUGCAUGCAUCCCCUGUUGCUGCUGCUUCUGCUGCUAAGCCGAGUACAGACACCCCACAUUCGCUGCAUGCAGCAGACAGCAGCAACAGCAUUGCAUGCACUUUAGAGGCACUUGAGAGGCUGCAGCAAUUGCUGCGGAGUCCCACAGCAGCAGCAGAAGCAGCAGCAGCAGAAGCAACAGCAGUAGCUGCUGCUGCUGCUGCGGACACGGGAGAUGCAGCGGCUUCGAGAGUUGUGCUGCUGCUGGACGGGCAGGAGGACAAACAGCAGCAGCAGCAGCAGCAGCAGCGAGAGCAGCAGCUCCAGUUGCAGCAGCAGCAACAACAACAACAACAGGUGCAAGAGGAUAUUUUGCUGCUUCAAGAGAAGCAGCAGCAGCAGGAUGAGCAACAGCAGCAGCAGCAGCAGCAGCAGGUAGUAAUCAGACGAUUAGCUGCUGAGGUGCAUGUAGUAGUGUCUGCUGCAGCAAACUUACGCAUGCCUGCAGUGCAGCGUCUGCUGCAGCAGGUAGUUACUGCUGCUGCUGAGGGUAGCCAGCAGCAGCAGCAGCAGCAAGAGCAGCAGCAAGAGCAACAGCAGCAGCAUGAGCAGGAGGGCGCAGUAGUCGUCUCUGGAGGGUCUGCUGCUAUAGCACCUGCUGCAUCUGCAUCAGCAGCAGCAGCAGCAGCAGCAGCAGAUGCAGUAUUUCUUGCUGUAUUAACACCAUCAGUAGUAUGCAGGAGCAGCAGCAAUCUGCUGCUGCUGCCUCCUUCUUUGCUGCAGCAUUUAGUACAUUUAUCUUUAUGCUGCUUAGAUCUACGGUGUCUCCCUUAUCUUGCUGCUGCUGCACCUCUGCUGCAGCAGCUGCUGCUGUGCAGCAACAGAUUAACAGAUAAUUCCUUACGAGCACUGCAGCAUCUGCAGCACCUAAGGAUCCUCUCUCUUAGUAAUAAUUGCUUGCGUCUACCAGGUACUGCUGCUGCUGCUGCUGCUGCUGCUGCUGCUGCUGCUGAUGGUGCUGGUGGUGCUGCUGCUGAUGGUGAUGGUGUUGCUGAGGAUUCCUCUGCUCAACAGCAGCAGGAACAGCAGCAGCAGCACGAAGGACGGGAAGCUUCCCUAGCAGCAGCAGCAAUCAACAGCAGCAACAGCAACAGCAGCAACAGCAGCACCAGCAGCAGGGAGCUAUUUGGUGUCUGUUCUUUGCUGCCUACAUUACCCUCGCUGCAGGUCCUUGACAUCAGCAGCAACUCUCUGUCUUCCUUAGGGGAGCAGCUAGCUAGCUCAUCGCUGCAGCAGCUGCUGCUGCUAGAUGCAAGAGAUAACCCCAUACAGAUUAUAGGGGGAUUAGAAUGCGCCCCUAAGCUGCAGCAGCUGCUGCUGUCCUUGCACCCGCAGCAACUGCAGCAGCGGCAACAGCAAGAACAGCAGCAGCAGCAGCAGGAGCAGCAGCAGCAGGAGCAGCAGCAGCAGGAGCAGCAAGAGAUGGGGCCCAUUCAGAUAUGCCACGAUACUCUCAAGAGCAUUACGCUUGAGCUGCUGCCUGAGCAGCAGCAACAGCAGCAGCAGCAGCAGCAGCAGCAAGUGGGAGCAUUGUGUGGAGGGUCUACCGCAGGAGGGAGCAGCAGCAACAGCAGCAAACGCAGCAGCAGCAGCAGCAGCAACAGAUGUAGCUUGAGCAGAAAUAAGAACCGCUCUGCUGCUUGCUUCUGGCGUUCUGUACAACGCUGGAGAGUACCCCAACUGCAGCACCUCAAUGUCAUCAGCAGCAGCAGCAGCAACAACAGCAGCAGCAGCAGCAGCAGCAGCAGCAAGUUUCGGGCACUGGAGAUAAUUGAAGACUUGUGGAGCCCCUCCAGCAGCAGCAGCGGCAGCAGCAGCAGUGCUGACCAGACCAGCGACAGUGAUGCCAGGCUAUCUCCGCCUAACACUUCUAGCAGCAGCAGCAGCAGCAGCAACAGCAACAGCAGCAGCAGCAGCAACAACAACAGAUGGGGAGUUUGUUUGCGUCCUGUGUCUUCUGCUGCUAUAUCUUUCUCUCAGCUGUCUCGAUUGUCAAUUUGCUGCUGCAGCAGCAGCUUAGAUGGUUGGUUGCAUGCAUUUGCUGCUGCUGCACUGCCACAACUGCAGCAGCUAGAUCUAAGAAGCAACGGUCUGCUGCUGCUGCCGCCCCACACCUUUGAUAAUAAAAAGAAGUUGCUGCUGCUGCUGCUUGAUGAUAAUCCUCUGCUGUCUAUACAGGCUCUCUUGCUCGCCUUAAGACCCAUCGCGCAAACGCUGCAGCAUUUGUCUCUGCGAAAUACGCCGAUUGCUGAGGGCCUAUACCCAUCGCUGGAGCAGCGACAGCAGCAGCAGCAGCAGCAGCAGGAGCAACAGCUGCUGCAGCUGCAGCAGGAGGCAGGUGCCCAGCAGAUAGCUGCAGCAGCGCAGCAGUCGCCGUCGGUCCUAUUUAUAACGGAUAAAGAAUAUGAGCAAUUGGUACGCCAGCAGCUGCAGCAGUCAGAGGAGCAGCAGGAGAAGCAGCAGCAGCUGCUGCUGCCUGUGGCACCCAGCAGCUGUUCAGCAGCAGCAGCAGGUGCAGCAGCAGCAACAACAAAUGCCAAUGAUGCAAAUGUGAAGGCUCAGGCAAAGAAACGUUCUGCGUACAGGCAAAGCGUUAUAGCGGCACUACCGAAGCUGCUGUCAUUGGAUGGUUUGCUGCUGCACCAGAAGAAGGCAGCAAUGGGCUCUCCUGAUGCUGCAGCUGUUGCUGCUGCUGUUACGAAGGCUGUGCUGCCACCGAGUAUCCUUGCAGCAGCAGAAGCAGCAGCUGCUUUUGCAGCGGGAGGAGCAGCAGCAGCAAACCCAGCAUCUGGAGAGAUGGGCGGAGACAGCACGCAGCAGAUCGAACUCGCUCAAGAUGCGGCGACGCAGCAGAAGCAGCAGCAGCAGCAGCAGGCGUGGCUGCUGGUGGAGAAGCAACAGCGGCUGUGGCGCAGCAGCAGACCUGCAGCACAAGCAACAGCAAAUGCUCCUAGGGGGUCUUCUUUUGCUUCUCGGUUGCUGCUGCAGCGGGAGAGGCCUGCGAGCGGAUCAUCGCCUGUUGCUGCUGGCAUUGGGAAUAGCAACAGCAGCAGCAACGACAGCAGCAGCUGCAGGAGCAGCAGCAGGAAGCCUGCAGAAGUGGAGGAAGCAACAAGUGUUGAUUCGGCUGCAGCCUCUGCUGAGGCAACAGCAGCAGCACCAGCAGCAGCAGCAGCAACACCAGCAGCAGCAGCAACAGGCGCUGCAACAAGCAGCAAGUCGUCUUGGUUUGCAGGAGUUGUAAGACGCUUCGUCCCCACCCAAUUGAAGGUCCCCUUCUCCAAGCAGCAGCAGCAGCAGCAACAACAACAGCAGCAGCAACAAGAAGAAGAGCAACAGCAGCAGCAACAACAACAGCAAGAAGAACAACAGGAGGAGCAGCAGCACACACAGAAGCAGCAGCAACAAGGCUCUCCGAAGCAACGUAGAGCAGCAGCAGCUGCUUCUACACCCGAAGCAGAGGAGUUGCCACCUGGAAGGUGGCAGAGGUCCAACAAGGUGCCAUCCCUGGCCCUCAGCAACAGCAGCAGCAGCAGCAGCAGCAAGGACACGGGAGAGGCCUUAAGCCAUCCUCAAGAAGGGGAGAGCUCUUGGGAGACGGCGCACUCGGGUGAGCAGCAGCAGCAGCACCAGCACAGCCAACCGCAACACCAACAGCAGCCGCAACAGCAACAGCAGCAGCAGCAGCAGAAACGGCGAGGGGAUGCUGCUCUUGCAGCAUAUACUCUUGGGAGGAAUCUAGCCAGCAACACGCGCUGUAGUUGCAGCAGCUACAGCAGCUGCAGCAGUAGCAGCUGCAGCAGCAGCAGCAGCAGCAGCAACAGAAGCAGCAGCAACAGCAGCAGCAGUAUUAUGAGCAGAAGCAGCAGCUACGAGAGCCUAGCUGCCUUCCAUGGCCGGAGUUUGCCUGUGGGGCCCUCACCCUCAUCCUCACGGUGGGCCUCCCCUAUGACUCUUUCUCUUGCUGCUGCUGCUGCUGCUGCUGGCCGUGGUGCAGCAGCAGCUGCUGAUGAUGGUGGGGAUUCGUCGGUUCUGGAGAAUAUACAGCUGCCGCCUUCUCGAUCCGCUGCAGCGGCGGCUGCAGCAGGAGUAACGGCAGCAACAAAAGCAGCAGCAACAACAGCAGCAGCUCCUGCUGCUGCUGCUGACGAUUGUGAUUUUUUGCUUGAAGAGAGUUGCAGCGAUGACUCAGCAGCAGCAGCAGCAGCAGCAGCGGACUCAGACGCAUUCGCAUCUCCAGAAGUAGCAUCGCAAGCAGCAGCAAGUGGAGCAGCAGCAGCAGCUGCUGCUGCAUCGCCUGAGAAGCCGACAGAUAUAUCAACAGCACCAGCCACUCCUGCUGCUGCAGCAGCAGAAGCAGCAACGGCAGCAGGCAAAGCUGACUUGUGCUGGAAGAGGCGAGGCUUGCCGCUGCAACAAAGGGAGCAGCAGGCGGACAGCAGCAGUAGCAGCAGCUGCAGUGGCGCCUCCAAGGUGAGAGACAGUGCUAGCGCUGCAGCGGAUGUAGCAACAGCAGCAGCAGCAGCAGCAGAGGCUGCAGCACGUGUUGCUGACGCUGCUGAGGACGUAGCUGCUGCAGCUGAGACAGCAGCACGACAGACUGGCGAUGCAGCAGCAGCAGCAGAGGCUGCUGCUGCUGCUGCGGAGGAAGCUGCCGCUGCAGCGCAAGCUGCGUGUGAUCGAGCAGAGGGCAGGUUGGCGCAACGCGUGCAUGCAGCAACAGCAGCAGGUGCAGCAGCAGACGCUGCUCUAGCAGGUACACAAGCAGCCCUGCAUGCUGCUGCUGCUGCCGCCUCGCGAUACCAACGAGCAGCGGCUGUUACGGAAGCAGCAUGCAACUCUGCUGCUGCUGCUCAGGAAGCUGCUGUAGCUGCAGAGGAAGAUGUACAGCAGACGGAAUUGGCUGCUACUACCGCUGCUAAUGCUGCAGCAAAGGCAACUGCUCAGGUUUCUCGGGCCUUCAAAGCUGCAGCAGCAGCAGAAGAGGAAGCAGCAGCAGCAGAAGAGAGCGCUGCAGCAGCUAACCUUGCCGCUUCUGCAGCAGCAGAAGCUGCAGCGGCAGAAGCUGCAGCGGCGGAGGCUGCAGCGGCAGAAGCUGCAGCAGCAGAAGUUGCAGCGGCGGAAGCUGCAGCGGCGGAAGCUGCAGCGGCGGAAGCUGCAGCAGCAGAGGAUGCAGCAGCAGAAGCAGCAGCGGCAGAAGCUGCAGCAGCAGAGGCUGCAGCGGCAGAAGCUGCAGCAGCAGUCGCUGCAGCAGCAGAGGCGGCAGCUGCAGAAGCAGCAGCAGCAAUAGCUGCAGCAGCAAAAGCUGCAGCAGCAAAAGGUGCACUGGCGGAGGCUGCACUGGCAGAGGCUGCAGCAGCAGAAACUGCAGCAGAAGAGGCUGCAGCAGCAGAAGCUGAAGCAGCGGAGGCUGCAGCAGCUGAAGCUGCAGCGGCAAAAGCUGCAGCAGCAGAUGCUGCACUGGUAGAGGCCGCAGCGGAGGAAGCUACAGCAGCGGAGGCUGCAGCAGCAGAUGCUGCAGCAGAACAAGCUGCAGUGGCAGAGGCUGCAGCAGAAGAGGCUGCAGAAGCAGAGGCUGCAGCAACAGAGGCGGAAGACGUAGCAGCAGAAGCUGCAGCAGCAAAUGCGGAGGCAGCAGAAUUUGCUGCAGCAGCUGCGGAAAUAGCAGCGGCGGCUGCGGCUGAAGCAGCAGCUGCAGAUGCUGCAGCAAAAGAUGCUGCAGCAGCAGAAGCUGCAGCAGCAAAAAUGGCAGCAAAAAGGGCUGCUGCAGCAGACGCAGCAGCUGAUAGCGCUGCCGCAGCAGAAAUUGCAACAGCUGAAGCUGAAGCAGCAGCAGCAGCAGCGGAAAAGGCUGCAGCAAGGGAAUCUGCAGCAGCCGAAGCAGCAAUAGAGGAAGCUGCUGCAGCGGCAGAAGCCGCAGAUGCAGAGGCCGCAGCAGCAGAAGCCGCAGAAGCAGAAGCUGCAGCAGCAGAAGCUUCUGCAGCAGAGGCUCUAGAUGCAGCAAAAGCUGCAGCGGCGGAAGCAGCAGAAGCUGCAGCAGCUGAAGCAGCACAAGCUGCCGAAGCAGCAGCAGCAGCGGAGGCGGCAGAAGCAGAAGCAGCAGCAGCGGAGGCAGCAGCAGCAGAGGCAGCAGCAGCAGAAGCUGCAGCCGCAAGAGCUGCAGCAGCAGACGCUGCAGCGGCGGAAGCUGCAGCAGCAGAGGCUGCAGCAGCAGAGGCUGCACUAGCAGAGGCUGCACUGGCAGAGGCAGCAGCAGUAGUAGAAGCGGACUCCAGAGGCGCAGCAGCAGCAGCAGCAGAAGCAGCAGGGGCGGAGCUAGUGUCCAGCAAGUCGGAGACUGUACAUACGAGGGAACAAGCAGCAGCAGCAGCAGUUUCUUCGGAAGCAGCAACUGGGGAUACUACAGCAGCGGAUGAUGCAACAGCAGCAGCAGCAGCAAAUGCAGCAGCUGCAGCGGAUGCAGCAGCAAUAGAGUGGCUCACAGACACUGCCUACAGAUUGGGCUGCACACAGGCAACAGCAGCAGCAGCAACAACGGCAGUAGCAGCAGCAGCAGAGGAGACUGCAGCAACAGAUACAGAAACAACACAAGAAGCAGCAUUGAAAUCUGCUGCAGCAGAUGCUGCAGGGCCUGAGGCAGGAGCACACCUGCUAACAACCACGGAAACUGCAGCAACAGCAGCAACUACAGCAGCAGCAGCAACAACAUCAGCAAAACCAGAGGCGGCAACAGCCAGCGCGCCAGCGCUUGACCGUGACGGCAUGCGGAGCGUUAGUGGGCCAGAGGCUGCAGCACGAGAGCAGCAGCAACAGCAGCAGCAGCAGCAGCAGCAGCAAGAUCGAAGGGAGCAGGGGCAACAUAAGGAGGAGGAGCAGCAGCUUAAUGGGAUCCAUAAGCAGCAGCAGCCCGAUAAAGAAGCUCUGCGGCAGACGGCGUUACAAAGCAGCAGCAGCAGCAACAGCAGCAGCAGCAGCAGCAGCAAGACUUCUGUGGUUGCUCUAAUAUCCACGCGCUGUACGACCACCUGCAGCAGCGGCUAUGAUGCUGCAGAGGCCUUUCCUUCUGUAGGGGAAGCAGCAGCUGCUGCUGCUGCUUCAGCUGAUGCAGCAAGCGGCAGCACGCAGCAGCAGCAGCUCCAGCAACUGCAGCAAAAGGAGGAGCUGCAGCAGCAGCGGCAAAUUUCGUCUGCUGCAUCUACGAAUGACCUGCUCCCUCGCAUUCGCCUUCUGCUGCUGCAGUCUGUGGCUCACGACAGGCAGCAACAGCAGCAGCAGCAGCGGUUGCAGAAGCGUUGGCGACAGCAGCAGCAGCAGCAGCAGCAGGAAGAGGAGCUGCUGCCGCUACGUAUUUUGUUGCAGACAUUUUCUAAGGCAGCGGAGUCUAUCGUACGCAUGCAGAAGCAACACCUGCUGCAGCAACAGCAGCAGCAGAAGCAAAAGCAACUGGGUACUCAGCAACAGCUUGCCACUCUCUCUGCUGCUGUUGCUCGCGUCCAUAAGACGUAUGCAGCAGCAGCAACUGCAGCAGCAGCAACAACAGCAGCAAUAGCACUCCCGCAUAGGGACACAGACACAACUGAUGGUUUGCUUCCCUUUGAGGUUGGCCUACAAAUUGCUGCUGCCUUCUGGUCAGCCCUCAGCAACGCGGUGCAGCUGUCGUCGCUGCAGCAGCUGCAGCAGCUGCAGCUGCAGCAGCAACAAAAGGUGCAGCAGCAGCUGCUGCUCUCAAAGAGAAGAACAGUAACCGCAAGCGAUGCUGCAGCGCAGGCGAAUGGGAAGCUGCUGCAGCAGCAGCAGCAGCAGCAGCAUGCGAAUUUGCGCAGAAGCAGAAGGGCAGCAGCAGCGUCAGUGCAUUCGGUGUUGAUCUUCGAUGCAAAGACCUUCGAGCUUAUUCAGGUACUGCAGCACCAGCGGCAACAGCAGCAGCAGCAGCGACAACAACAAGAGCAGCAGCAGCAACAGAAGCAGCAGCAGCAACAGAAGCAGCAGCAGCAACAGGAGCUGCAGGACCAGCAGCAGACUCCUGGGGCAACGAAGCAGCUGCCAUCGCUGCAGGAUUGCUGGCUAACGAGCUUCGCACACCGCGAGAACUGGGCACAGAGACAGAAGCAGCAGCAGCAGCAGAAGCAGCAGCAGCAGCAAAGACGGCAGCAGCAACAGCAACAGCAAGAACAAGAGCAGCAGCUCCUGCGACGUCAGGAGCAGCAGUUGCAGCAAUGGCGAAAGCAGCAGCAACGGAUGCUGCUCCAGCCGUUGCCGAUUGUGUCUAGGGCAAGCAGCAGGGAAGGCGCACGAGCACGAAGCAGCAGCAGCAGCAGCAGUUGGCGAGGCAUUCGCAGCAACAACAACAGCAACACCAACAGCAGCAGCAGCAGCAGCAGCAGCAACGCGGAAAGCAGUUUGAUAGCCCGGUUUCACCGUCAUCAACUGCAGCGUCCAAGAUCUGCGGGGCAUCCUGCUGCUGCUGCUGCUGCUCCUGCUGCUGCUGCCAUACGACAGGCCUCAUCUAGCAGCAGCUACAGCCGCAAGUUGCUGCAUCCUUCAUCAGCAGCAGCAGCAGCAAGUGCAGUUGCUGCAGUUGCCGCUGCAGCUGACGUUGCUGCUGCAACAGCUGCAGCAGAAGAAGCAGCAGCUUUAGCUGAGGCUGAGCAGGCGGUUGCUGAGGCCGCAGCAGCAGCAGCUGCAGCAGCUAGAGCAGCAGCAGCUGCUGCAGGAGAAGCAACAGCUUAUUCCUCCCUAGGUGCAGCACUAAUGUCUCCUUCUUCCCUAACAUUAAGCCCUGAUAGUUCUUUGUCUCCUUCUUCUGCUGCUUCCCGCUGCAGCUGCAGACGUGUUGCAGCAGUUAAGGCAUUUGCUGCUGCUGCUGCUGAUACCGAUGAUGCAUGCAGCCCAGCAGCAACUACAGCGGAAGCAGCACCUCGACAACGCCUGAAAGUGCGCAUGCACGCGGAACUGCCAGCAACAGCAACAGCAGCAGCAGCAGCUGCAUCACCUGCAGCAGCAGCAACACAUCCGUGGGGUAUCUCCCACAGUGUAGACAACGGGUAUUCAUUGCAGCAGCAGCGACAGCAGCAUCAGCAGCAGCAGCAACAACAGCAACAGAAGCAGCAGCGUGUUCGUUGCUCCAGGUGUGGCUGCAGCUGCUGCUGCAGCUGCUGCAGCAAGAGCAGCAAACUGACAGCGCCGUCGCCUGCUGAUCAGCGCUGCACUGUAGCUUCCCCUGCUGUUCCUGCUGCUGCUGCUGGGCGCCCUCAAGUCGGGCUGCUGCAGUGCCGAGGGCGCUCGCCAGCUGCUGCUGCUCCUGCAGACCUAUUGAAGCCGCGCAUCUCAUCACAAAAGAUGCAGCAGCAGCAACAACAGCAAGAGCAGCAGCAGGCCCUUGCUGGCAUGAGACAGCGCAACUGCACAGGACGGAUUCCUGCAGCAGCAGCAGCAGCAGUGCCGCGCGAGGGAGCAACCUGCAGCACCGUUUGUUGCAUGCAGCGGCAUGCUUGCUGCUGCUGCAACAGGAGCACCAGCAGGAGCAGCAGUAUGCCUCGGUGUUGCUGCGAGCAACAACAAGUUGCUGCAGAGACAGUACAGUGCAACAUCUGCAGCAAACUGGCGGGAGCAGCACAAUCAUCGCGACACCAUGCUGUUGAUGCUGCUGCUGCUGCUGCUGCUGCUGCUGCUGUGUCUCUGCCUGCGGAUAAAGGGGAGGAUUUCAGUGCAGCAGGAAACAGUACUCAUGUUGCCGGCUGGGCAUCACAGCAGCAGCUAUUGCUGCAGCAGCAGCUUCUGCUGCAGCAGCAACAGCUGCUGCUCCGGCAGCAACAGCCUUAUCUGCAGCAGCAACGGCACCGGCAGGAGCAGCAGCAGCAGACGCAGCUGCUGCCUCCAAGGGCUUCGGAGCUGCGAGGAUCACUACAGCAACAGCAACAGCAGCGGCAGCAGCAGCUUAUGCUACAGCAACGGCAACGAUCACCACUUGCUGUCCCAGCAGAUGCAGCAGCAGCACCAGCAACAGCACCAGCAGCAGCAGCGCCUUGUUUGUUGUCUUCCGCUGCUUCACAUGAUUCGUGCUGUGGCUGCUUGGGGAAUCAGUUGCUUGUACAGCAGCAGCAACUGCAGCAGCAGCAGCAACAGCAGCAGCAGCAACAGCAGCAGCAGCAACAGCAGCAGCAGCAACAGCAGAUGAUGGUUUACGAUCACCAGUCCCCUGCAGGAUUGACGUUUGCUGCUGACGAGGGUCUAACUUCUCUUGCUUCGGCGGUUCCUGCCGCUGCAGCGGCUCCGGCUGCUGCUGCUGCUUCUGCACCGGUUCUUCCUGUUGCAGCAGCAGCAGCUGCUGCUGCUGCAGCAAUGCCAGGGCGGACUCUGCACAGCGUUGAGCCCCUCGCAGCAGGAGCUGCUGCUGAGAACUUCUGUCAGCUAUUCAUUCCUAGCAGCAGCAACAGCAGCAGCUGCAGCAACAGCAGCAGCACUGAUGCUAUUCCCCCUGCUGCUCUAUUCUUUUUUGCAUGCGCUGAUCCACAGCUGCUGCGCGCUGCAGCAGCGCCAGGGGGUUUGCAGCAGGCAGCAGCACAGGCAGGAACGCUCUCCUCCUCCAUGCGUCAGCAGCAGCAGCCUCAACAGCAGCAGCAGCAGCAGCUGGUGGCGGCGGUGGUGUUGGGUGUAUCUGUCUCAGCUGCAGAAGCCGUUAUGAGUGCACCAGCACCCGACGCAGCAGCAGCAGCAACAGCAACAACAGCAGCAACAGCAGCAGAGACGUCUCGAACAAACGGUCUUUUUGACACUAUGCCACGACAGCAGCAGCAGCAGCAGCAACAGCAGCAGCAAGUCGCUGCUGCUCUUCUCUGUGCUGUCGCUCCAGGGUUGUGUCGCAUUGAAACGAACUUGCUGCUGCAGGAUGUGCAGCCGCGUAUGCUUGUCUGCGGAAGGCCAGCAGCAGAUGAACGGACAACAACAGCAGCAGCAGCAGCAACAGCAACAACAGCAGCAACAUCAGCAGCAAACAGCACCAAGCUUGUCUCUCCCUUGAUGCUGCUGCCUGCAUCUUUUUUCGCUGGAUAUCAUUCUGUGCUGCUGCAGAGCCAGGGACUCCUCGCUGUUGCUGCGUGA